GUCUGCGGACGCUGUAUACCCUCCUCCACUUCCCGCUGCAGCCAAUAAAGGCCGUUCCUACCAUAGUCUGUCCGCGUUCUUUUUUCCGAGACUGCAGAGUUCGGGGAAGCUGUACGCCGCCUUUCGCUACGCGGAAUUUGCAGAUCUUCCCCUGGACCUCAGGCCUCUCCGGCUGGAGUAGGGUGGACGCUUCACAUAAGGUUCUCUGGUCGAACUUACCCGAAUCUCCAGAUGGCCGCGCUGCGUCGAAUGCUCCACUUGCCGAGCCUGAUGAUGGGGACGUGCCGCCCCUUUGCGGGCUCACUGGCUGAUAGUUGCCUGGCAGACCGCUGUCUCUGGGAUCGGCUGCAUGCCCAGCCUCGUUUGGGCACUGUCCCCACCUUCGACUGGUUCUUUGGAUACGAGGAAGUCCAGGGGCUCCUACUGCCAUUGCUGCAGGAGGCACAGGCUGCCAGUCCUCUGCGAGUGCUGGAUGUGGGCUGUGGGACUUCCAGCCUAUGUACAGGCCUCUACACCAAAUCUCCACACCCAGUGGAUGUGCUGGGGGUGGACUUCUCUCCUGUGGCUGUGGCCCACAUGAAUAGCCUCCUGGAGGGUGGCCCAGGCCAAACACCUCUAUGCCCUGGGCACCCUGCCUCAAGCCUCCACUUCAUGCACGCCGAUGCUCAGAACCUGGGGGCUGUGGCUUCUUCAGGCUCUUUCCAACUACUGCUGGACAAAGGCACAUGGGAUGCUGUUGCCCGGGGAGGUAUGCCUAGGGCUUACCAGCUUCUAUCAGAAUGCUUGAGGGUUCUAAACCCUCAGGGGACCCUGAUUCAGUUCUCAGAUGAGGACCCUGAUGUGCGACUGCCCUGCCUGGAACAAGGGUCCCAUGGCUGGACUGUGACUGUGCAGGAGCUAGGCCCGUUCAGGGGCAUCACCUACUUUGCUUACUUGAUUCAAGGCUCUCAUUAAAGACAUUUUAGUAGUCCUGACCCUAGUAUUUCUGUGGGCAAGGAGAGGGCUGAAGAACUGUCUUUGCAAGCUAUCUGGCUGCAAAGUGAGAAUUUGAGUCCUGGCUUCCACAUUUACUAGCUGGGUGCCAUAUUGCUGAAUGUUUCUGUUCCCCAGUUUACUCAUCUGCAGAGUGAGAAUAACUUGGAGUUACGGAGAUUACAUACAAUGAUGUGCGCAAUAUUUAGCACAAAAUGAAUGCUGAAAAGAGAAGGUACAAUUGGGUCAUUCCCCAGUUUCAACUAACGAGCUCCUAAAAGCAGCAGACAGGAACUGAAUCAAAACCCCUGCGCUGACUGACUUGUAUAAUCUAGUGGCCUAACCUGUAAGCCUCAUUUUUGUCACCUGUAAAAGGAGAU